AUGGCUGCAGCAGCUUCCGUCGCCAGCACCAGCAGCAGGUUCAGCCGCAUGUGCAUCAGCGAGCAGCGGAUCUACGGGCCUAGGACGCUCGACGACGAGGCGCCCAUCGUCCCGAUAGAGGAGAGAGACGAGCUCAGAUCGGAGCUUCUCGGCAAGAUCGACGGCUGCUACCAACAGGCGAAGCUCCGUGGCGGGGUCGUCGCCGACGCCGGUUUCUGUUUCGGACUCCUAGACCCCGUCUCCAACAUCGUCGCCGGCGUCAUAAUUGCCAGCGCCGCCGUCGUGAAAGCCGACCCUGACCCCGCCGUGGUGCAGAGAAAACCAGGUCUUGCCGGGAACGUAGAGCAGCGGUCGCUCGACGGCCUCGUCGCCUUCCUGGCGGCACUCUUUCCCCACCUCAACGAAGCCAGGGCCAUGUGGUACCUCUGCAAAGCCGACCUGGAUCCCCUCGUCGCCGCACGCCUCGUCGUUCAUCACCGCGGUAUGGAGCAGAGUUUCGGGUUUACAUCCGACGCCACUGUCGCGGCCGUCGAGACGGCCCUCAGAUGCGCCGCGGCUGCCGCCCAGCAUCCAAGCCCGAAGCAGUUCGCGUCGGGGUGGAAGCUGCUUUCACAUUUUCUGGAGAGGGUCGCCGCCGUGAUAUCAGGUCCAUGUGCAGCCGUCGACCAGUUUCAGUCGAUUGCCAUCAAAGAUAUUCUGGUCAUGGAACCUCAAACAUCGGGUUUCAGUCUGGAGAAAUCAUGGGAACUUGCCUCUUCCCGCAUCCUCAAGCUCAGUCCAGACCCCUUUGUACGCAACAAGGUGAAUGUAUUUCCUGAUCGAUCCACGGUGAGGCGCGUGCUGCUCACUACCAUCCAUGGAUACUACCUGCAGGCACUUUCUCGGCUGCCCAAGGAGGGACUGCGCUCUCAGUACCACCAUAGCUUGCUCCACGCCGGACACUGCUAUGGUCCGCUGGAUCCCGUCUCCAACAUCAUCCUAAAUACAAUCUGGUAUAGCCGAGCUUUUCCUUUAGAGAAAAAAGUUGACCUAGAGGCGAUCAACAGCAAGGGCCUGCUGAGAAUCGCGGUCCGGUCCUUCUAUGGCCUUCUCUCCUUCCUCUGCACACGCUGCGCCACAGACAACCUCUCGCCCGAUGAAGCAAUGCAGCGGCUGCAGGCGGCGGGGGCCGAUCUCAGGAUCGCUGAUCCGAACCUCCUUGAUGAUUAUAACAAUGAUGAUGACAUGGUAUCUGCCAGCGUCGAACAAGCCUAUGUUGCUGCCGCCACCGCUGCGCUGCACCCCAAACCUCAUGACCAGGCACAGCUUCUCGGACCGUCUAAUAAGUCGAUGCCGCGCGUGGCCUCAGAUUAUCUCAAGGAUGGCGGCCACCUCUCGCAGGUGGAUGCUGACCACCUUGCCGAAUCUUUGUUCUCAUUUAGCGGGUCGGAGCGCCCCGAAACAACAAUCAAGGUGGUAAAUAGGCCGACCUACACGAGCAUGGAACAACUAACGAGCAAGUUCUGGAACCAUCACGCCGAAGUCGUCAGAACGGUGAAAUCUUUACUUGACGGAUACAGUCUGCAACAUGGCGUACCUAAAUACGAGCUGCAUGUCAUCUGCGGUGUCAAUGAGCGUGUCAAUGGCCCAGUGUACACGGCUCCUUUCAAGGGCACAUUUGGUUGCUCCCACGUUAAUUUUCUCGCUACCCAGUCUGCUGAUACACCUCCAACUCUCUUCUUUGCUGAAUUUCACAACGAUGGCGGCACUCAGGAGAGGGGCUUGUGUUGCCCUGUGGACAUCCCGCCACCAGGCACUGAACAAGUCCGUUGCCUUUACUGUGAGUAUGUCGGGACCAGGAUUGUGCAUCCAUCGCGGGGGAGUUUCCAUGGGAGUGGCAUAGAGUUUGAGAAGAUGUGGGGCGGAGAAAAACUUUAUUCUCAUUCGUACAACAACGAUGUCAUCAUCAUGAGAAGUCUCGAGGCAACUUUGUGGGUGGAUUAUCUAGAAGACGAUUGCAUAUACAACACCUAUCGUCUUGAUGAUAAACAUAUAGGCGUAAAGGCCUCCAUAAAGAAGGUGCUUCUUGAUAAAAAAAGUGGAUGGCAUUGA